CUCAUAGCACAUGUCGAAACCCACACAUCCCCAAUUUUCACUCUCAUCUCUCUCUCUCUCCCUCUCUCUCUCUCUCUCUCUAGGGACUUUCUCUCUCUAAAAUAGCAACUUCGGCAGCAGAAGAAGGAAAACUGAUUAAAAAAAGAAAAAAGGAAAAAAAAAACACCAAGAGAAGAGCUUGGUUUUUCAUCACUGAUUGACGAGUGGCUUCUGCAAUGCACCGUGUGGGUAGCGCGGGGAACACAGCAAAUUCCACCCGCCCUCGUAAAGAGAAGAGAUUGACAUAUGUUUUGAAUGAUGCUGAUGAUACAAAGCAUUGUGCAGGCAUAAAUUGUUUGGCUCUACUAAAGUCAACAGUGUCUGAUGGGUGUGAUUACCUUUUUACCGGUAGCCGUGAUGGCACACUAAAAAGAUGGGCUUUGGGAGAAGAGGCUGCCACCUGCUCUACUACCUUUGAAUCUCAUGUUGAUUGGGUUAAUGAUGCUGUUCUUGCAGGUGAUAAUACACUUGUUUCCUGUUCGUCAGAUACCACCCUCAAGACCUGGAAUUGCAUGUCUGAUGGAACGUGUACCAGGACUCUCCGUCAGCACUCUGACUACGUUACUUGUCUUGCUGCAGCAGCAAAAAAUAGCAAUGCCGUUGCCUCUGGGGGACUAGGAGGGGAAGUAUUCGUAUGGGAUCUUGAAGCUGCACUUUCUCCAGUUUCAAAGUCAGGUGACGCAAUGGAAGAUGAUUGCUCGAAUGGUAUAAAUGGUUCUGGGCAUCCACUGCCAAUUACAAGUUUACGUAGUAUCAAUUCAAGCAACAAUAUUUCUGUACAUGCUACCCAAUCACAUGGAUAUGUUCCAAUAGCAGCCAAAGGCCAUAAGGAGUCGGUUUAUGCAUUGGCAAUGAAUGAUAGUGGAACACUUCUUGUCUCUGGUGGUACGGAGAAGGUUGUGCGAGUGUGGGACCCAAGAAGUGGUUCAAAGACAAUGAAACUUAGAGGGCAUACAGAUAACAUCAGGGUUUUGCUUCUAGAUUCUACUGGCAGAUAUUGCUUAUCAGGAUCCUCUGAUUCAAUGAUCAGGCUAUGGGAUCUUGGUCAGCAGCGAUGUGUGCAUUCUUAUGGCGUGCACACAGAUUCAGUUUGGGCACUUGCUAGUUCUCCAACAUUCAGUCACGUAUAUAGUGGUGGCAGAGAUCAAUCUUUGUACUUGACAGACUUGGCAACAAGAGAGAGUCUUUUGCUUUGCACAGGGGAACACCCCAUCCUUAAGUUGGCUUUGCAUGAUGAUAGCGUAUGGGUUGCAACUACAGAUUCUUCAGUUACUAAGUGGCCUGCUGAAGCACAUAAUCCUCAGAAAAAUUUUCAAAGAGGUGGUUCCUUCUUAGCUGGAAACUUGUCUUUUUCCAGAGCAAAGGUGUCAGUAGAAGGAUCUAGCCCCGUUCCUAUUUAUAAAGAACCAACUCUUGCAAUUCCUGGAACACCCGCAAUAGUGCAACAUGAAAUAUUGAAUAACAGAAGGCACGUCUUGACAAAGGAUACUACUGGAUCAGUGAAGCUUUGGGAGAUUACCAGAGGCAUUGUGAUUGAACAUUAUGGAGAGGUUUCAUUCGAUGAGAAAAAAGAGGAACUGUUUGAGAUGGUAAGCAUUCCUGCGUGGUUCACCGUGGAUACCAGACUUGGAAGUUUGUCUGUCCAUUUGGAUACCCCACAAUGCUUCUCUGCUGAGAUGUAUUCAGCAGACCUUAACAUUGUCGGGAAGCCUGAAGAUGAUAAGGUUAACCUUGCACGAGAAACUCUUAAAGGACUCUUGGCUCAUUGGUUAGCAAAAAGAAAGCAAAGAUUUGGUUCUCAAGCUUCUGCCAAUGGGGAAUUAUCGGGGAAGGACAUUAGCACAAGAGGUCAUACCCAUUCAAAAGUUGAUGUAGAUGGUAAUGCAGAAAAUGACUCAAUGGUAUAUCCUCCCUUUGAGUUUUCAACGCUAUCACCUCCUUCAAUUAUUUCUGAGGGCUCUCAGGGAGGUCCAUGGAGAAAGAAGAUUACUGGUUUAGAUGGAACUGAAGAUGACAAGGAAUUGCCGUGGUGGUGUCUGGAUUGUGUGUUAAAUAAUCGCUUACCUCCUAGAGAAAACACAAAGUGCAGCUUUUAUCUUCAGCCAUGCGAAGGUUCAACUGUUCAGAUCCUCACACAAGGAAAAUUGAGUGCACCACGUAUAUUGAGAAUUCAUAAAGUAAUUAAUUAUGUCGUUGAAAAGAUGGUCCUUGACAAACCAUUGGAUAGUUUGAAUCCUGAUGGAACAUUUGCUCCUGGUCUUGCCGGAGGGCAGUUGCAAGCUUCAGCGCUUGGUGAAUCUUUACGCGUAAAUAGGCCCUGGCAUAAGCAUAAGCCUUCCAUAGAGAUUUUGUGCAACAACCAGGUCCUGUCCCCAGACAUGAGCUUAGCUACAGUCCGUGCUUACAUAUGGAAGAAAUCUGAUGAUCUGAUUCUAAAUUAUAGGGUGGUACAAGGAAGGUGACUUUAUGACAUUGGAGAGAAGGCGAUAUUGUGCUAUGUAAAGUUCUGGGAAAUAUUGAUUCUUCUGAGGAUGUCUGGUGAUCAGAAAACAUCGGAUUCUGGUAUUUGGAAAAGCAAUUAGUCACAAUACUGUGCGUCCUCAAAUGUCUGCUGAGAAGCUCCUGUGUAGUGUUUUCCGAAUUUGGAAAGCUGGUACUAUAAAUUUUGAUUGUAGUCGAGCAUUUGUCGGACACUGGAAAAUGGUUAUAGAAGGGUUUUUGACUGUGGAUGAGAAUUGACGGAUAGAGUGUUGGGAAUUUCCCCUAGAGCCAUAUUAGAAAUAUGAUGAUGAAAGUGUUGUACAUUUGUAUUGUGGAUAACAAUACAAUAGCCAUAGGGAAGAACUCUGUCGUGGAGGUGAUUUUUUUAAUUUAAUUUCCGGAAAUAAGACGAUCCCAUUUCUAUGAAACUAGUUAUAAGUAUAUAUACAUAUACAUAUAUGUACGCAUGUAUGUAUGUAUGUAUUAUUUUCUCCAUUUUCAUGUACAUUCUGCUUCUCCGUGGUGAAAAUUUUGUUUUCUA